GGAGCGUUCGUAGAGACGAUUCAUUAGACGGUCAACACAAACAUGGAAAGCACUGAACAGGAGAAAGACAAACAAAAAUCGUCUGCGGCUAAAAAUCAAGACAACAUGGCAGCAACGACUGCAUCUCGAAUAGACAUUCUGUCCCAGGCAAAGCCUAUCCCUGCUGGAUUCUUUGAGGAUAGGCGAUCAGUUUACUGGGAUAAUAAUUUUGCAAAGGACUGGGAAAACAUACAAUCGACUAAAAGUGUGUUGAGUGACAGACAAGCACAGCUUGUUUAUAGCAAACAACUUCAUAGAGAUUAUGUUGGAGACAGAAAAAGUGCAAUCUGGCCUGUGAGUGAGGAGGCAAUGAAAGCAACAGCGUCACAACGGCUGGAAACCCUGUCGGAGGCAAAGGCUCUUCAUCGUGAUUACCAACCUUGCCAACAAGUGCAAAGAGUUGUCAGUGAAGCAGCAAUGAAGGCCCAACCUUCUCCACGCAUUGAAUUCCUUGCGCAGGCCAAAACAUUUGUUCCCUUAAAAAUCAAAUCAAAUAGUGACUGGGAUUGGAGUGAGUGGGAAUCUGAUUUGACAGAAGCCGCCAAGAAUGCAACAGCAUCAGAAAGAGUUCUUGUGCUUUCAAAUCCUAAGAUGCCACACCGCAAUUACAAAGAAGGGCGUCCUGUGAUUUGGGAAGUGUCACAGACAGCCCAGAAGGCUCUCCCAUCUCUCAGAGUUCAGCAACUUGCAAGGCCAAAGAGUCGCAGUCAGCACAAUGAAGACUAUGAUGCUAAUGCAUGGAAAGUCUCACAGGGAGCUAAAGCAGCACAGGCUACCCCCAGAAUAGAAGAACUCGCUUUACCCAUCCCUAGAAAAGUCAGAAGUAAAAAAGUUUUGUGAUCCACUUUUAUUAAUAAUUUAUUUAUUGAUUAUCAAUUAAGUUCAAAUUUAUCUAUUAUGAUAUGUUAUGCACACUGCAUUUAAUAUUGUUCUCUUUGUGCUGCAAUGAAUACCUUUGUUCAAUAAAUGACAAAUCUACAGUCUCUUAGAGCAAGACUUUUGUUGGACUAUACAUGAAAAAACAAUAAAAAGCAACUGUUUACCCUAAGAAACAAGGCUGAUUUUUUGCACACUUGCAACAUAGGAAAAACUAAUAGAGGAAUAAUUUCUGUAAAUUACUUUGCACCCAUCAGAACCUUGCAACCUGUUGGCGGUUAUGCAACUUAUUGCAUGACACACAUAAUUAUAAUGAGCCUGCAAUCUACAUGCAGUCUUGUUACUGUACAGUUAUUUCUUUCACUUAUGGAAAUUGUGUUUGUCUUAUAAUGGGAUGCCAUUGGAUCUGAAUGUUUUAAGAGUGCUUUACUCAGUAACCACGCGUUCAUUGGUAUGUCACGCAACAUUUCUUGUGACUUAAAAAAAAAGUCAUGUGACCAACUUCAAGCUUGUUGAUAAAGUACUGGAAAAAAGGAUUGUUUGUAUCAAAGAUGUAAGCGCUGUUUCCUUCCCAAAGCAAACUUAAGGAGUAGAUCUCUGACAACAGAAGACAUGUUUCAUCUUUGAGCAAAGAUCCUUCAUGUUAAAGUUCACUACUAUUCCCUCGUGAUAGGAUUUUCAGCUUGUCAUAGAUACUCCAGUACACUUUCAAAUUAGCUUUUACAGUUGGAAUUUGCAGUUCGCUUUAUAGUGUCAACAAGGGCUUCUUGAAGAACUGG